CAGCACCGCAAGCACACACACGCACUGCCCAGCACACCCUCUCACGAUGGCGAGGCCGAAGCGGGCGAAGAGGGGCAAGGCAGCCGCUGCUGCGGACGAGGAAGAGGACAAGAAGACGAAGAAGAGGGUGGAAGAUGAAGAAGAGGAGGAGGAGGACGGUGUCAUGGACAGCGGCGACGAAACGGAGAUCGAGGAUGACGAUGGCGAUGGCGACGAUGAUGGUGAGGUGAGUGACGAUGGGCUGCGGAAGCGGAAGUUGGCCAGAGCCAAGAAGGCCAAGAAGAAGGCGAAGAAAAGCAGCGAUGGGGACGACAGCGACGACGACGACGACGAUGGCGAUGAGGAGGAAGACGAUAACGAUGAGGAAGAAGAUGACGAUGAUGAUGGCACGAGGCGAACGAGGAGUGCCACGGCAAAGAAAAAGACGCAGGCAAAGGCCAAGGAGAAGAAGACCAAGGCAAAGGCCAAGGCGUCGAAGAAGGUUGUGUGGCAAUGGUUGUGCGGAAAGCGAUGGGUGGCGUACAACCCAGACGACAUCACGCUGCUGGAGGACGCGUUUACAGACGGUGAGGAUGAGCUGCGCACAAAGAAGCUGUCCUUUGGCAACAAGCGCACAGAGUAUGUGUUUGACUUUCUGAAGAUGACGCAGACCAACGGCGACACAAGCAAAGUGCGCAGCAUUCGCCGCGCAACAUUUGAGCGCGAGCCAUCCGGCACCGACGACGAAGUUGGCUACGCCAAGCUCGUCAGAAAGCACAGCAAAGGUUGGGCGGCAGGGAAGAAGAAGGAGAACAACAACAAAGACAGGGCCAUUUGGUCGCUUGGCGACCUGCCUCCAAAGCUUGGCGCGCGGGAGAUCAAGUACCAGGCUGCGCUUGGGGCGCAAUCGCGGCGCAGCCAGCGGCUGGACUACGGAUCCGCCAUCCGCUCCCACGCACAUGCAAAGUCGUGCUUUGACAAGAUGCUUGAGAAUGAGGCAAGGCUCAGCGGCGAGUGGGCGUGCUUCUACCACUCGUACUCCUUUGCUGCCCUGCUCUUUGAAGUGCAGGCCGCCGUUGCCGCUGUCCUCUUCAGGUUCAAGUCGACGUAUGCGACGCUGCCGCGGCUGCUGCUUGAGCCGUUCAAGUUUAUGGGUGAUGCAGAGGACAUUAUGAAGAAGUUCAAGCUCAUGCGCGGGCAGGAUCACGACACCCGCUUCCGCGCCGUCGCCAUCAGCACCACCACCUCCCUCCUCGCACCAGACAGCGAGGCCCCACCAAAGAACGUCUUCCUCAGUGGGUACAGCUGUGGUGAUGUGUCUUUCCUUGGUAUCCUGAAAACACUGCUUGUGUCCUGCCACGUUCCCAAGAAGCGCGUUGAUUCCCUCGCAAAGGAAAUUGUGAAGCUGAGUGAGAAGCAUGGCUUGGAUGUGUCGCAGUUUGGCGGGAAGCGGUGUUCGUCCAAGCUGCCGGGCCACAUGCUGCAAAUCUUCAUGAAACGUCAUCUUGUGGACAAGUUUGCGUACGCUGCUCUCCCCUUUGGCGUUGUUGACAAGAAGCGCCAGCCCCUCAGCAAAGCCCUUGGCGGCGCUGGGCCCGUCAUGGGCCAGGCGCGCGUGUGCUGCCACCCAGCGGUGUUUAUGCGCGCAAACCUCGUGCGCAUGUUCAUUUACAGCGCCGAUCACACCUUCCACGACAACAGGGAGAAGUUCCAGGAGGAGCUGACGGCGCUGCUUGAUCCGAUUCUCGGCCGCGACGACACGCGCGAGGCAGCAGCACGCGGCAUCUUUGCCGGUAGCCUGCCAGACUGGUACGACAGCAGUGACCAGAGCAAGUACGCCAAGAUUGCCAACAAGUUCAAGUGAUGCCACGAUGUGCUUCUGCUGCCUUGUCGUUGCUGCUGCUGCUGCUGUUCAUAGGCUGCUCUUCCCUGCAGUACUGUUCGUGUAUCUGCGUUACUCGUGUGAGCUGUUGUGUUAUGUUGUUACACAACGUGACAUUACUUCGCGACCCUGAAAGGGACGACGCAAAGCACCUCAGCAUGUCAGCUUGAAG